GGCGGACUAUGAUGCUGCGGGCUUCGACCUCUGCGAGCGCCGCGCGCGCCUCGCUGCGUGCACGAUCGCCGCUUACAUCAUGCUCCACCGCCGCCUUUUCGACCUCGGCAAUCGCCAGGCAGGCCUCGGAGGCGCCACAGCAGCCAAAGAAGAUGAUCAAGCUUCACGUCAAUGGCAAGGAGGUCGAGGUCGAGCAAGGUACGGCGCUCAUCCAGGCUUGCGAAAAGGCCGGCGCUCAGAUUCCCCGAUUCUGCUACCACGAACGGCUUCUCAUUGCUGGCAACUGCAGAAUGUGUCUCGUGGAGUCCAAGGGUGCUCCUAAGCCGGUGGCCUCGUGCGCCUUCCCGGCGAUGCCCGGUCAGAACGUCUUCACCGACACUCCCCUCGUUGCCAAGGCUCGCGAGGGCGUCAUGGAGUUCCUGCUCGCCAACCACCCGCUGGACUGCCCCAUUUGCGACUGGGGUGGUGAGUGUGACCUCCAGGACCAGAGCAUGCGAUACGGAUCCGACCGAUCUCGCUUCCACGAAAUGACGGGCAAGCGGGCCGUCGAAGACAAGAACCUGGGCCCGCUCGUCAAGACGGUCAUGACCCGAUGCAUUCAGUGCACCCGUUGCGUCCGUUUUGCCAACGAUGUCGCAGGCGUUCAGGAGCUGGGCACGUCGGGCCGUGGCAACGACCUGCAGAUUGGUACCUAUGUCGAGAAGGCCAUUGACUCGGAGAUGUCGGGCAACAUGAUCGAUCUUUGCCCUGUCGGAGCCCUCACGUCGAAGCCGUACGCCUUCAAUGCUCGACCCUGGGAACUCAAGAAGACUGAGUCCAUCGAUGUCCUCGACGGCGUCGGCUCCAACAUCCGCGUCGACUCGCGCGGUGUUCAGGUUAUGCGCAUCCUGCCCAGGACCAACGACGACGUCAAUGAGGAAUGGAUCAACGACAAGACGCGCUUCGCUGCCGACGGUCUCAAGUACCAGCGCCUCACCACGCCUCUGAUCAAGCAGGGUGACCGCUUUGUGCCUGCAUCGUGGCCCGAGGCCUUUGCUACCGUCUCGGAAGGGCUCCGCCAGUCGGGCGCCAAGGGCAACGAGAUCAAGGGCAUCGCGGGCGCGUUGGCUGAUGUCGAAUCUAUGGUCGCCCUCAAGGACCUCAUCAACCGACUCGGCUCCGAGAACUUGGCUCUGGACCAGCCUGCUGGUGACCUUGUUCCCGUCCAUGGUGUCGACGUCCGUGCCAACUACUCUUUGAACACGACCAUUCCAGGUAUCGAAGAGUCCGACUGCCUCCUCCUGGUUGGCACAAACCCGCGUACGGAAGCUGCCAUUGUCAACACUCGGAUUCGCAAGGCGUACCUGCACAACGGGCUCGAUGUCGGCCUCAUCGGCGAGGGUGUCGACACCACGUAUGAGUACGCCCACGUCGGUUCUGACGCAAAGGCGGUUGAGGACCUUGUGGCCGGCAAAGGUGACUUUGCCAAGCGCUUCCAGCAGGCCAAGAAGCCAUUGAUCAUUGUGGGCAGCGCCGUCAGCGAGCAUGUGGAUGGCAAGGCUAUGCUCGGCCAGCUGUCGAAGCUUGUUCAGAAGGAGAAGCACCGCUUCCUCACCCCUGACAGGAACGGCUACAGCGUCCUGCAAAGGACAGCUUCCAAGACGGGCGCGUAUGACAUUGGUUUCGCGCCCUCUGCCGAAGCCGCAAAGACGUCGCCUAAAUUUGUCUAUCUCCUCAACGCCGACGACUUCUCGCCUGACUCGAUUCCCAAAGACGCCUUUGUCGUCUACCAGGGCCACCACGGCGAUGUGGGAGCUCAGUACGCUGAUGUCUGCCUGCCUGGUGCCGCCUACACGGAGAAGUCGGUGACCUACAUCAACACCGAGGGACGAGCACAAAUCACAAGGGCCGCCGUCCCGCCGCCAGGCGCGGCGCGCGAGGACUGGAAGAUUCUCCGGGCCUUGUCUGAGGUGUGCGGCGUGACGCUGCCAUACGACGAGACGCUCGACAUCAGAGAUCGCAUGUUUGACAUUUCACCCACCCUUGUCCGCUACGACGUGCACGAGCCUUCGACGGUGUCUGCCCCGCUGGGCUUCGAGCACAUCGCAAAGGCCUUUGCCUCGGAGAAGGCAUCGGGUGCCCCUCUGCUCCGGCCCAUCACAAACUUCUACCAGACCGACGCCAUCAGCAGAGCUUCGCCGACGAUGGCAAAGUGCGUCCAGUCCUUCAUUCACAAGGCACCCAUCGAUGACGAGGAUGCAAAGCCGUUUGCUAGCCUCGGUUAGUAAUUAGUGAUGCCCAGCGCAAAAUAUCAAUACACGAGUCCUUUUGUCCCACGGAUCCUUUUUGGCAGAAUUUGUCUUCUUUGGUG